AUGCUAUCUCAUACCUCAUGGGGAGCCCAUUCCUCUGUACUUCUCAAGAUCCACAAAUCACUAAUUUUGUCCAAAAUAGAUUAUGGAUCUCCUCUAUUCUCGUCAGCAAUCCAAUGCCACCUUAAAAAGCUCGAAAAUCUUCACAAUUCAGGAAUGCGCCUGGCAAUAGGAGCUUUCCGAUCCAGCCCUAUAGACAGCAUAUCCAAUAUAGCAGGAAUACCCUCCCUAUCACUAAGAUGGGCUGAGCAAAAAUCACUACUGGCAGCCAGAUUCCAUAGAUCCCCACAAGGAAUCUUCACAUCUCCCAAUAAUCUAUUCACAAAUUUACAAGACAAAUUGAACCUAGAUCAGAUCAUACCAUCAACUAUCAGCCUUCAGCCACCUUGGACAAUCUCCCUAGAUAUCAAUCUCGAACUACAUCAGUUCCCCAAAAAGGACACUAAUCCUAAAAUAUAUAAAUACCACUUUAAUGAAAUCAUAGCCAAUGCCGAACCUCAUAUACAGAUAUACACAGAUGCAUCCAUAACAGACCAAAGAGUUGGGGUUGCAAUCAUAUGUGGUGACACUGAAAUCCAACUUAAACUAUCUGACAAAUGUUCAAUAUAUACCGCUGAAGCCAUGGCUAUACUAGAAACAAUCAAAUAUUUCAUACAAUCCGUCGACGAUAAACGCUGUAUCAUACUAAGCGAUUCACUCAGUGCAAUAACAAGCCUCAAAAAUAUAAAUAACCCUACCGAUAUAGCUAGAAAUAUUCACAACUUUUGUCACAUUGCAUGUUCUGCCGGGAAACACAUAUCCUUCAUGUGGAUUCCAGGACAUUGCAAUAUAACAGGAAAUGAAAAAGCCGACGAGGUCGCAAAACUUUCACACAUAUCACCCAAAGCUAUCAAUGUACCAGGAUUCACCUACAGCGACGCAAAAAAAUAUAUAAAAAAUCUUAAUGCCAUAAAGUGGCAACGAUAUUGGUCAAAUCAAUCAACCAAACUCAAUGAAAUUAAAAAAAAUCAAUACUCCCAUGGCCUCCUCCUCCCGGUUGUUCCAGACGACAAGAAACAAUUUUAA